CCUGACCAGAUCGCGUGGGUCUGAGGGCCAGCGUUGGAACUCGGCGUCCUCCCCACCCACCGGCUCCCUUGAGGAUGGAUUUGAGGCUGGAUGCUUUCCUCUUUCCACUUUUUGUACCAACAGAAGUCCCUCCUCUCCGGGAUCCCUAACUGGUUGUGCAGAGCUGGCAGCCACACCCCGCAGGCCUCCAGCCCUUCAGGCCCAGCUCUCCUGGAGAGUGCGGAAGUUCCUUUGUUCCAUUUACUUGCGCUUUUCAGCCUGAAACUGUUUCCUAAAGUCUCACCCCUAGCCCCAGCUUUCCUGCUGUUCCCUCCCACUUCAGGCCUUGAGGGAGUGUGGCUGGGCUUCUCUCCUCCCCCUCACUCCAAAGCCACACUUGAUACACGGUAGAAAUCUGGGCACCACCACUCCUGGCUUCCCAGCCUUGAACUUGCCUUUUCCUCUGUGCACCUGGUUUCCUCGGUUUCCCUGUGCAGCAAAAGUGUCACUCCCCUCUCGCUUUUCCCAGGAGCCCUAUGCCCUUCUCAGGAGAUCUGUCUUAGAGGGGCCAGGUGCAGAGAAAGGCAGAAAUCCUAAUAAUGUUCCUAGCGAUCGCUGCCUGUCAUGGAGUGCUGAUCAGAAUCCUCAUCACGCGGAACCUCACUUAGUCUCACGAUACGCAUGCCGGCUGCUGCUCCAAGGCUCUCCUGUCCCCAGGACCAAGAUGAUGCCCAACAACACUGGAGAGGUGCCCAGCUCCAUUCCCAAGGGGGUUCUGGGGCUCUCCCUCGCCCUGGCAAGCUUCAUAGUCACCGCAAACCUGCUCCUGGCCCUGGGCAUCGCUUGGGACCGCCGCCUGCGCAGCCCGCCUGCUGGCUGCUUCUUCCUCAGCCUGCUGCUGGCUGGGCUGCUCACGGGUCUGGCGUUGCCCAUGUUGCCAGGGCUGUGGAGCCAAAGUCACCGGGGUUACUGGUCCUGCCUCCUUCUCUACUUGGCUCCCAACUUCUCCUUCCUCUCUCUGCUCGCCAACCUCCUGCUGGUGCACAGGGAGCGCUACAUGGCAGUCCUGAGGCCACUCCAGCCUCCUGGGAGCACAUGGCUGGCCCUGCUCCUCACCUGGGCGGGCCCCCUGCUCUUUGCCAGUCUGCCCGCUCUGGGGUGGAACCACUGGACCCCUGGUGCCAACUGCAGCUCCCAGGCUAUCUUCCCAGCCCCCUACCUCUACCUCGAAGUCUACGGGCUCCUGCUGCCCGCCGUGGGUGCUGCCGCCUUCCUCUCUGUCUGUGUGCUGGCCACUGCCCACCGCCAGCUGCAGGACAUACGGCGGCUGGAGCGGGCAGUGUGCCGCGAUGCACCCUCGGCCCUAGCCCGGGCCCUCACCUGGAGGCAGGCAAGGGCACAGGCUGGAGCCAUGCUGCUCUUUGGGCUGUGCUGGGGGCCCUAUGUGGCCACGCUGCUCCUCUCAGUCCUGGCCUACGAGCAGCGCCCGCCGCUGGGGCCUGGAACUCUGUUGUCCCUUCUCUCCCUGGGAAGUGCCAGUGCAGCGGCUGUGCCUGUGGCCAUGGGGCUGGGCGACCAACGCUACACAGCCCCCUGGAGGGCAGCUGCCCAAAGAUGCCUGCAGGUCCUGUGGAGAAGAGCCUCCCGGGGCAGUCCCAGCCCUAGCACUGCCUAUCACGCAAGCAGCCACAGCAGCAUCGACCUGGACUUGAACUAAAGGAAGGGCCUCUGCUGACUCCUACUAGAACAUCCAUCCAUCCCGGCCACCCAGCCUGUCUCCGCGUCUCUGGAUCAGAGCCCCUGCCUCUGUUUGACCCCACACUGACUGAAUAAAACUCCUCUGGCCGUU